AUGGCGUCCAACAACAUACCACUUCUAUGCAACAUCUGCCCCAAAAAGCCAAGCUUCAGCGAUGUUUCUCACUUGCUCACGCACAUCUCCAGCAAAGGUCAUUUGUCCCACUACUACAAGGUCAAGGUCCGCUCGACACACGAAGAUGCCUCUCGCCAUAUCAUUGAUGCCUACGAUCGAUGGUAUGCCGAUUGGAAUGUCGAAGAGCUCAUGUCAGAUCGGAUGAGUCAAAAGGAUAAGCGUCGCACGCGUGCCAGGCCUGCUGGUAUAGCUCCCGUAUCUCGUCCGAGUCGCCGUGCCCCAGUCGGUGGGCUCCUCGAUCCACGUCUUUCAGAACAACAGGUCAUCAAAGUGGAACCAGACUCUGGCACCCCAACACCCACAUCCCAAUCUGGUCCUGUUUUACGUCACAGAAACUUCACGUCUCGUCUGCAACACUGGCCCACAGAGUCUCGUGCAAGCUCACGCAGCCUCACAAACCCAGAUUAUGAAACUUCAAGCGAAUACUCCGAUCCCAGCGAGCGACCGCGCAGGCGUUAUCAGUACCCGAUAGACGACACAUGUGCCAUCGAGGACGAAACAGUCGGGGCUGCAGAUGACACCAUGGCUGUCAGUGAGAGUACCAAACUGAAGGGCGUAUACUGGCCCGGUAUGGACAUCUUCGACUCUGCGACCCCAGAGAUGCGGCGCAAGAGAAAUCAGAAGAAAGACCAUUCGGUUGUUGCUCAGCUGGAGCUCAACUCCCAGGAUGUCGAGGCUACUGAGCUCAUAUUCACACCUCAUGGAUCGUUCAAGCGACAACGAAGAAUCUCCAGCUCCGUGUUCGAUGACGAGGAAGAUAUUGAGAUCAAGACUGAGAGCCCCCGACCUACGUUGUCACGACCUGCCCUUGCCAGCAUGGAUCCUAACAUCGCUUGUCGUGUUCGACCAGGCAGUCGCGCUCCCAUGUAUCCGUUCCAAGCUCGUGGGCAGUACGAAGACAGGCGUGGCCGCUCAUGUUUUGAUUCUGGCCUCGGCAACCGCGCUCCAAAGCGUAAACGGGCAUUUGAUGUUUUUCAGGAUGAUGAAACAUCCUUCAACCAGCCAGCCAACUUCAAUUACCUCACUUCAGGCUUCGGUGGACAGGCUUCGCCAUCACCACUGCCAGCAUUCGCUUCGUACAAGCCAUUCAGCGACCCUUUUCAGUACGACAGUAAGGAAAACAUCUUCCCCACGCUUCAACAGCCUGCAUUUGGCAACUUGCACGGGCACCAGAUGCCCGGCUUAUAUUACCAGGCCUACGCCUACGGUCUUAGUCAAGAUCAGCAGGGCCUACAGCAUGGCGCUCCACUCUUCAGUGCGAACAGUGCUUAUCAGCAACAACUUCAAGAUGACGAUGAUGAUGAUCAGCGAACGAUUACAGCUCCACCGUCCCCAGCUACAAGCUAG